GUACAGAUUUGGAGACUAGAUUUGACGAACACUUUCGAAGAUUAUCCAUUCGUAUAUCGGACGGUAAUUCGCACUGGGCGCAGAGCCAAUAUCUUCAAUACCGCUAUGCCUAUUCUAAUUGAAUGUGAGCAGCUAUCUCUGCUUCCUCCUCAUUCAAAUUCUUAUCCUAGCUGUGACAGUGCGACAGUAUCCGGGGACAGACACGUUCGCGUAUUCGAUGACGGCGAAGACUAUGAAACUUCUGCUCUUGGACAAGAAAUUGGGCAGGAGUAUUGUCUAAGUACUUUGAGAAGUCACGAAGACCGAGUCAAGCGAAUAGCUACGGAAGAGAGUCCUGACCGAUUCCUUACGGUCUCGGAGGUAAGUGCACAUCCUCUGUUCCCCUCAACGUAA